UCCCACGACACUUCGCUGUGCGGAACCGAAAUUUCUCUUAUAUUUUAAUUUAUUUCGCGAUUGAGAAUCUAGAACUUGUAAAUUUCCAAACGCGACCAUUCCUUCUUCUCACUCUCUCUCUCUCUUCAAAACCACUUGCUAAAAGUAAACGAGUGAUGGCCACCUGUUUUUUGACUGCUUAUAUAUACCUUUCAAAACCAGCGAUCGGAAACCAGAACGCAAACUUGUAGCGCCUCCGCUGCUUCUUCUUUUGUCUGUAUUUUUUUAUUUUAUUCUUUUCGCUUUUGUGGUCGUUUGUUUUCAUUUGGUCAACAGUGGCUCCUAUAAGUAUGGGUGUCUCCGUGUCCGUAAAUUCAAAUUCUUGCGUUUCCCUUUCGGUGUAUGGAUUCUAUUUUCUCUUCUAAUUCCUCAUCAAUCUCCUGUUUGAAACCUCGUUUCUUGGAAUCUUCUAAAUCGGCGAUUACUACUUCCCGGAAUCUCUCUUCUUCGAUCUGUUUUAGUGCUCCGACUUCGGAUUCAGGUUCAGAUUCCGCUUUCUCUAUGAUCGGAUUCUCCAGAGCCUCUAUGUCUAACGUUAACGGCAACGGCAACGGCAACAUCAAGCCGAAGAUCGUGAACGGUGAUUUCGGUUACGUUCUUGAAGAUGUUCCUCACUUGACGGAUUACAUUCCUGAUCUUCCUACUUAUUCCAAUCCUCUACAAGACAAUCCGGCAUACUCGGUUGUUAAGCAAUACUUUGUCCAUGUGGAUGACACUGUUCCUCAAAAGAUUGUUGUGCACAAGGAUGGUCCAAGAGGGAUACAUUUCCGACGCGCUGGACCACGCCAAAAGGUUUAUUUUGAAUCAGAUGAAGUUCAUGCUUGCAUUGUAACAUGUGGGGGUCUCUGCCCUGGACUCAACACUGUGAUUAGGGAACUAGUAUGUGGUUUGCACCAUAUGUAUGGCGUGAAGAGAGUGCUGGGAAUUGAUGGUGGUUACAGGGGAUUUUAUGCUCGAAAUACCAUUAACCUGACACCUAAAGUUGUAAAUGAUAUUCAUAAACGUGGUGGGACCAUCCUUGGGACAUCACGAGGCGGCCAUGACACUGCAAAGAUAGUUGAUAGCAUUCAGGAUCGAGGAAUUAAUCAGGUUUACAUAAUCGGAGGGGAUGGAACUCAAAAAGGGGCAUCAGUGAUAUUUGAGGAAAUUAGAAGAAGAGGUCUCAAAGUUGCAGUUGCUGGAAUUCCCAAAACCAUUGAUAAUGACAUUCCAGUUAUUGACAAAUCCUUUGGUUUUGACACUGCUGUUGAGGAAGCUCAACGUGCUAUUAAUGCAGCACAUGUUGAAGCUGAGAGUAUCGAGAAUGGUAUUGGUCUUGUGAAGUUAAUGGGUCGUAAUAGUGGAUUUAUUGCAAUGUAUGCUACUCUUGCAAGCCGAGAUGUCGAUUGUUGCUUGAUACCAGAGUCACCCUUUUAUCUUGAAGGGGAAGGUGGUCUUUUUGAUUACAUAGAGAAACGACUCAAAGAAAAUGGCCACAUGGUUAUUGUGAUAGCUGAAGGUGCUGGGCAAGAGUUGCUUUCUCAGACCAUCCAAUCAACUCAGCAGGAUGCUUCAGGAAACAAACUUCUCCAAGAUGUUGGUUUGUGGAUAUCACAGAGGAUCAAGGAUUAUUUUUCAAAGCAGAAGAAGAUGACUAUAAACCUCAAAUAUAUAGAUCCUACAUACAUGAUCCGUGCUAUUCCAGGCAAUGCAUCUGACAAUGUGUACUGCACACUUCUUGCUCAAAGUGUUGUGCAUGGAGCAAUGGCUGGAUACACUGGCUUUACAAGUGGUCUUGUUAAUGGCAGACAAACUUACAUACCCUUUUAUCGAAUCAUUGAGAAGCAGAACAAGGUAGUUAUAACAGAUAGGAUGUGGGCUAGGCUUCUGUCUUCAACAAAUCAGCCUAGUUUUUGGAGUGCUAAAGAUUGCAUUGAAGACAAGAAAGAGGAUAUUGCCAAAGUCAAGGAGGAGGAAGAACCGGAAAACCGGUUAAUGGAUAAUGGGAAUUGUGCCAGCGAUAUUGUGGCAAAGAAAGAGGUCAGCUACAUGUGAUUGAGAUUGAAACCAUAAUAGUCUAUAAGAUUGUUACUAUCAUUGCAUUGCCUACCAUGUAUCUUGGUUAUGUUAGAUUAAUGAUAUUAUGAGUGAGUUCUGCCCUUCGGUUUAUUUCAGGGUACCUGGAAAUGGUAGUAUUCUUUGCUGAGAUAAAAUAGUUUUGGUCAUGAAUAAUGGCAAAGUUGAAUGAGAAAAAUUAACUCAAUGCACUGUAUUGUAUGAUGACUUGAUUUAAAUUAUUACAACUUUUAUUUUGUCA